AUGCGUCACGAAAUGGACCUCCCGGCAGCAUACUGGGAGUUUUCGAACGCAACAGCGGCCUAUCUGAGAAAUAGGGGAGUUGUCAAGGAAUGGCUAAAAGCCCAUGGGAUCUGGAACCCAGCUGAUAAGAAGGUCCACGAGGUUCGAUUCGUGGAAUUCGAUGAGAGCAAGUAUACGGACAAUGAAAUCAGCCAAGAAUCACAAUCGCAGUAUGACGAUGAGAAGGAAGAGAAAAGGGAGCAAGGGGAGCUCACUGAUGAUGACUCUGAUGCCGAAGAUUCGGUCAGGGAUAGGACCAUGGACCAGGAAGCUACAGAAGCUGGGGAUCCCAGAUUCGACGAGAGACCGUGGCACUCAAAAGAGCAGAGAAGCAGCGAGCAGAGCUGGAACGGCGGCAAAGAGAAGAACAGCGCAUGGCAGAACGUCUGA